AUGGACCGCCAGAAGGAUCCGCCAGAGUUCAUCCUCGACGUCUUUACCGAUCCCCGCUCCGUCCGGGACGUCGUCAAAGGCAUCCUCCACACCAUCUUCUUCACACGCUUCUUCCCCUCCCUCACGCCCCGCACCCGCGACGUCCUAGACCUCACGCUCCCGUACGUCGACGACGACGAGCUCGAAACCAUGAUUGACCAGCGCGCCUCGGCUCUCGAGCGCCAACUCGACGCUGAACGCUCCUCCGGCGUCGCCAACCACGCCGGUGGCGGGCGCGGCCAAGUCGCCAUCCAGUUCUUCGAGAAGCGGCGCCGCAAGGCCUGGCUGUCCCGCGGCGACGAGGAGGUCUGCUGGGAGAGUUGGACGCUCAAAGUGACCGUUGCCGAGCCCAGAACUGAAAGCGAGCGAGCCAAAGUCCGGCGUGCCAUGGAACAAACCCUUCUCACUACCGUCAUGAAAAUCGUCACCUUUGCCAACGCCCAUAAAGACCAUAUUCCCCCCAUCACCACUCAGGGUGGCAAUCCGUUCCCGUUCAAGAUUAACAUUGAUCAAAAGGAAACCGGUUGGGCCUCCCGCAUGAGGAUCUACUAG